AUGCACGGUGACGGCAAGGAAGACGACGCAACCGGCCCGGGAGGCGACACGUUUGUUCAGGGAGGACGUUCAACCGGAUUCCUCAUUGUUGGACUGUUACGAUUGCUAGGCACUUCUAUUCUCGCGGUUCUCUUCUACGUUAUCAUUCGUCUACACCAAGACCGUACCUUAACUUCGGGACAGAAGUCGAUUUUUGAUGCCCUCGUGGUGGCUCUUAGCUUAACGCUUGGGCUCAACAGCGCAGCGUCACUGAGACACAUUGCGCUAUAUGCUAGGCGCUGGUUUGUCGACAAACGCCGUGUCCAAGUUAAAGAGCUUCGUCGCGCUGCUUGGACUCUUAAUUCGGACGCCGGCUCCCAUCCUCAAGUUUGCAUGUGCUAUAUGGUUAUUGCUAAAUCUUUUGGUAUCGCCGCAGUCAGCCUUACCUUCAAAGCUGAGCCCGGGAUCGAGGAGAUCUAUCCAGACUCCGCUAUCGGUGAUGUUGCCAUCCCAGAUAUGACCCGUUUCGCCCGGGUUGGCAGGUUUAAUGACGGCGCACGCCCGCAGUCACUAGCUGCUCACAUCCUCGGUGAUACCGGCACCACUUACGAGUACUCGACACUGCCAACCGAGGUGAUGACCGACGCGCCCGUCGCGCGGUAUCCUUAUGCUUUCUGGGAUGCCGAGAGCCACUGGGAGUUCGUCUUCGCAAACUCGGCACCCGUCCCGGGGUCACAAGACUCGAACUUUCUCUCAUUAUACUCGGAUCAGCACGUCCGAUCAUCAGCAACAUGCCGGACACCCCCUCACACGUUCAACCUCAACGCCAGCAUCAUCGAGGUACAACACACCGACGGCGACAAAAAGACAGUGCUGUUCCCAGCCUCAGGGGUAAACGACGAAGCAAUCACCUAUCUCACCACGCCCGUCCUCCGCGAUUCGGGGGCCAACAGCACCGGCACCUGCGGCCCCGGCUGCAGCACCGUCUACGCAGUAGAACCACACGCCGGACUUCCCGUCGCCGACGCCGAAUUCGUCCACCCCAAGUCCCCCUUCUUCUACUACGAAUGCAACAUCACCGUGCAACCGACGCAGCCCAACGCAGGCCCGUUCUCCUUCUCCCCCACCACCGCGGCCGUCGCCGCCCAGGCCAUCGCCCUCUCCGGGCAGAGAGCGCCCUCGUCAGACCCCGCGCGUGCCGGGCUGAACCAGUUCGCGUCGUACACCCUGGGGCUGGAGUUUGGCCAGGCGCAGAACAACAGUGCGCCCGCCAUGGCGCGCAUGCUCUCGCGCUUUGCGAUCGGGACGGUGGCGGCUGCGGCGCGUACGAAUCCCAAGGUUUUGGUGCGGGGGAGACCGCCGCGGCAGGGGGUGCGGUUGGUUCUGGAUAAGCCGGUCGUGUUUGCGGCGAUUUUGAUUGCGACGGCGGCGGUGCAGUUGGUGUUGUUGGGGGCGGUGAUGGUUCUUGUGCGAGGGGUAAGGAAGGACGGGAGGAGGGAUCAAGGUAGUAGGGGUGAUGUCGAGUACGUUACGAUCUGA